AUGGAAUCCAGAAGAAGAUCAAGCUUAACGGCUCUGGACAGACCUGAUCAAUGGAUGAUCGAGCAGGGCAUGGCAGGCCAUGUGCUGCCUAUCCUUGACCAAGCCGGAAAGACGGUCGUCAAAGUGUUUCCCCCGAAACCGUCCGAAAUAGUGCAAAAUAAGAAGGCUAUCCAAGCAGUGGGUAAUCGUAAGAAGCUUUUUGCCCGUGAAAGAGAAGGCUGGGUCGGCUACGUCGAAUGGGAGAAUUACCCUAAAAAGAAGGCUCAAGCCCACAAAAUCUUGACUUCGCAAACAUUUGCACCUUGUCCCGAUUAUCAAUGGGGACCAAUCCCCGGGACCAAUCCCGUUCUCGCCGGCGAUGAUUUCAAAGCCUGGCAUGCAGCCCUAGGUGGAGAGCUUGCCCCUGUUGCGGAUGAUUCUUGGAAGACGGUGCUGGAAGAGAAACAUCCUGAGAUGCUUCACUUAUUGCAGUUCCCUUACAAUGGGGAGCCACCAAAGCGACUGGUGGCCGCAAAGGCAAUAACUCCAAACUCUCUUCAUUUCGUGCGCAACCAUGGCGGUAUUCCGAUCAUCGAUGCGGACAAAUUUGAGUUGAAGCUAGACGGACUCGUGAAAUCGCCUAAAUCAUAUACAAUGGAGGAUUUGAUGGAUGAGACUAAGUUCCCACGCAUGGAAAAGACAAUUACUAUGCAAUGUUCGGGAACCCGCCGUAUCGAACAAAUUGCGUUAUAUGCUGGCCAGGGUGACGAAGUACCGCAAGCUCCUUGGGCCGAGGGAGCUAUUGGUACCGCACGGUAUAAGGGCAUUAGCCUGAAAAAGGUGAUUAAAGAUUGUGGCGGUCUGAUCGAUCAUGCGAAGCACCUCGAACUCUAUGGCGUCGAGACCUACAUUAAGGACCUCGAAGUGGGUAAUUAUGUUGUUAGCGUACCUUGGUCUAAGGUUAAGGCUAACGAGGUUAUCCUUGCUUGGGAAAUGAAUGGCGAGGUGCUCCCUAAGAUCCAUGGUUAUCCGCUGCGAGUUAUUGUGAUGGGGUAUAUCGGGGCUCGGAGUGUGAAGUGGCUAUACCGUAUCAAAGCCAUCAAAAGUCCAACCCUCGCGCCUGUCCAAUCCAGGGAAUACCUCUACUUCAACCAGCAGGUGGGCAAGUACAACCUGCGUCCUAUAGACGGUAUCCAAAUUCAGGAGAUGCCUGUCAGUUCAGCGAUCAUGUCUCCCUGGACAAAGCAAGUGAUUAUGCAUGAUGGCAAAAUCCAUUGCAAGGGCUGGGCGUAUUCCGGUGGCGGAAGAUGGCCGGAACGUGUCGAGCUCUCUGCUGACGGAGGUUUCAAUUGGUACGCCGUACCGGAAGACCAGUUAUCCAAAAAGGGUAAAUGGACCUGGCGAACGUGGGAAAUUGAUCUUCCCUGCGACGUGGAAGGGUGGAUUGAGAUCGUUUGCAGAUGUUGGGAUAAUUCUCUCAACACACAGCCAUUGAAUGUGCGAGCGGCAUGGAACUGGGGGCUUCACGUCACGUCUUCGGCCCAUCGUAUCAAGGUGUACAGUGUCAACAAAACACGAACGCUCACUCAGUUGAAGUUGUCGCAAUUCGAGCAGCACAAUAUCGAUUUGGCUCCUCUCACCCGUUAUGACGCUGUCCCUGGAAUGACUGACGCGGAAUUGGGUGAAUACUGGGAGGCCAAUCCUCGCGACGUUGAUGAGUGA